AUGUCAAUUUCAUCCACCGAAAUCAAGUCCGAGAAUAACGGUGAUCUUGUAACCCGGACACAGCAAUGCAGGAUACUUGCUUCAACAUGCCUCAUGGCUUUUACGAUAAUAGGCCUCAACCAGUCUUUCGGUGUUUUCCAGGCACACUACGGACGGCAAGCAUCUGCCCUAGAGGGUGUCCUUCUUCAAGGCGAUCUGUCAAAACGCCCGUUGAUCUCUGCCGUAGGCUCAUUAGGAAAUGGUGGGCUCGUCGCCGCCUUUGCCCUGUUUUACUAUCCACACCUACCUAGGUUGGGAGGUCACGUCAAAUAUUUGUGUGGACUAGGCACUGCCUUCAUCACGAUUGGCUUCGCGGCUGCUGCAGGAAGCCAUAAUCUGGCAACGCUUGUCGCCUGCCAAGGAUUCCUGGUUGGCAUCGGAGCUGGCAUCCUUAAUUACGUUCUUGCGCCUAUUUUACCCGAGUAUUUCCUACAACGGAGCGGACUUGCACAGGGUGCCAUGUUCGCUUGUGGCGGCCUAGGGGGUAUGGUAUGGGUGUUUGUACUAACGGCAUUACUCGAAGGCAUUGGAAUCCGGUGGACGUUGGGGCUCCUCUCUAUAUUGAGCUUUGCAAUCCUGUCCAUCUCAAGUGCGCUCGCCCUUCCGCCGCGAAAAUUCGAAAGGCGGUCUACGGAGAUUGUCAGUUGGAAGGUCUUCCGAGAUCCUCUUUUUGCUUCUCUCGCAAUCGUGAACUUGACCAUGGCGUUGACGCUGGCCAUCCCUACGGCAUUCGGAUCUGAGUUUGCCCAGUCUAUAGGGGCCAGCAUCACCCACGGAUCAUAUCUCUUGGCCAUCAACUCGGGGAUUGGAAUUCCGGGAAGAAUAUGUACCGGCUGGCUCUCAGACAAGAUUGGUCAUUUGAAUAUGCUCAUAGUUGCAACCGCCGUAUACGCCAUUGCAACCUGGGCGCUGUUCUUGUCAUCCGCAAUAACCAGCGAUCUGGGACCAUACGUUGGUAUGACUGUUUGCUAUGGACUGAGCAGCGGCGUCUUCAACACCGUCAUGAACUCUGCGCAGAAGAUGCUGUUUGGGGCCGAAAUGUACUAUCCCAAAAGCGGCGCGACCAUUACCGUACGCGGGAUCGGCUUCGUUAUUGGCACACCUAUUGCCGGUGGAUUUGUGUCCAGGAUCGCUGGUGAAGACUUGGUGGGGAGAGACUUUUUAAAACUUAUCGUUUAUACCGGCGCGUUGUUGACGCUUUCGCUGUUAUGCCUUCUGAAUGUCCGAAGGUUGGAUGCGCAGGGGAAUGGGUGGAAGCUAGUCCGCUGA